AUGGACCGGCCGAUGUCCUACCACGCAAUGAAGGCCUUAAUCAGGAGAGAAUUCCAUACCUCAAGUUGCAACGAACUUAAAACUCAAACAAAAGAGAAACAGUGGACAGUGGCACUCUCCGACAUAGCCGACUGGCCAAGAAUCGAAGCCGUUGGUGAGUUUAGACUACUUACCAGACACGAUUACUUGGCAAAACACCUUCACAGAUUGGGAGUGUACACUCAACCUCCAUGCACCCUAUGUAACCUACAGGAGGAAAUGGAGAAGACCCUCCUGAUUCGGUGUCCAGCUCUAAAGAAAACGACGGAAAGAAAGAGAUACUGGGAAGCAAGAAUGAAGCUUUCGAACUGCUAUUGA